AAUUCCUACACUUUGUAGCGCACGUGGUAGGCUUUGAGCGGGGCUUGACACUCCCAACUUGAAAGUUUUUUCUCCGAACGCUAGCACAUUGGACUGUCGCCAUUUCGCACUAGCCGCAUGCCUAAUUAUCAAUUGUGUCUGUCAUUCUCCGAGAACUGGACGUUUUGCCACAACUCUGUGUGACCAUAGUGUGACUCAUCAGUGCCGAAUCAAUUAAAAUUAAUUAGCUUAUUUAAAACAGAUGAGACAAUGUAGCAGGCAUUUCAGUUCAGUUUACCGCCAGCUGUGUGAUGCAUGUGUCUGGUUUCUUGCUGCAACUUGUUGCUUUGCUACAUGUUAUUCUCUAUGUACAUGUGUGCUCAACUGGCAAUGACCAGUCUUGUGUUUCCAACUCAGAGUUUGACUCAGAUAUUCAACUGACUGGUGUGUGUUGCCGUCAGACUAGGAGUUGUGUUCAAUAUGCGUGUGGAAUGGCUCGAAAGAAUUUAAGACAUCGAGCACAGACGUUCGAUGCUAUCAAGUCUCUUUGCUCGUGUGACUCUACUUGUGGUUUGUAUGGUGACUGUUGUCCUGGUGUGGCUGAUUGCACUUUCAAGGAGGAACCAACAGUUCAAGACGGAUGGGAGCUUGAUUCUCUCAAUCGCUCUUGUGUGUCUGUUUUUUCCGUGAAGUCAAGGAUACCUACGCCAGAUGUGGCGUUUCAAAAAGGUGUCUCUAUGGUGACUCGUUGUGCAUCUGAUUGGCCAGUUGAUGAUGCAAGUGCAGCGACAAAGAAACGAUGUGAAGAGUACAAUGGUGUACAAAAUGUUUCACGAAAUGAUGAAGAUAAAAUUCGAGAACAAACUCCAAUAAGCAGUGAAAAGGUCACGUAUAGAAAUGUAUUUUGUGCUCGGUGUAAUCAACUACCUUUCAACUCGACCAUGUAUUUUUGGAAUCCAAUUCUAUCGUGUCCUGAAGGGUCAGCAGACAACUCUACAGACUGCUCUAUCUUUUCAUUCGAACACCCAAGAUUUAACAAAUCAAGACAACUGGGAGAUCCGAUUCGAUCUUGUCUUCUCGCAGUUGACCACUGCUCACCAUAUGAGGAACUCACUGCUGCUAUAAAUAUUAGCAGACGGGAAUACAAUUGUUUGAAAGAGAAAUGCAAAACUGAAACAGAUUACGUAGAGAAAGAGGAUGUGAUCUACAAAAAUAUGUAUUGUCAAAAUUGUUCAUUGUUUAGUAUACAAUCAGUAGUGUCAGGACUUGGAGGUCGUGGGACUUAUCGACGAAAAAUCGUGAUCUCACGAGGAUUUAUUCCAAGACUUGUGAACUUUAGGAAUACUGGAAACUGGUGGCGUGAAGUAGACCCACAAAUGAGUCCAUCAUCAAUAUAUAUACCAGAUGGAAGUAGAAGUACAGGCUCACUAGCAGGCACAUGGAGCAAUCACUCUGUCAAUACCAGCAGCAAUUUUUCCGACACGAACUUAUCUGUGCCUGUCGUUAUAUUUGUCCAGUAUGAUGCUACUGUUGCAGCUGUGACUUUGGCAGGAUGUGUAACAACUGUUGUGGCUUGUCUUAUCUUAUUUAUCACAUACAUUUUGUUCAAGGAAAAGAGAACUAUUCCUGGCCUCUGUAUCAUGAGUUAUGUGUUUGCACUUGCUGCAGCAUAUAUUCUUGUUGUUACUGGAAUUGACCAAGUUGCUCACUGGCAGUUGUGUACUGCACUCGGUGUCAGCCUCCAUUUUUUCUUCCUGGCCCACUUUGUGUGGUCAAGUGUCAUCAGUUAUGAUCUAAUAAGGAGAUUUGCUUCUAUUCGAAGUGCUCUUCAGGCAUCAACAACGAACGGAAAAAAUAGAUAUCAAUUAUUUAUAUCAUACAGUCUGGUUGGAUGGGGAAUUCCAUUAAUUGUGUGUACAAUUACCGUUUUAUUGGAUUUAGUCUCUAGUCUUCAUGUGGAUUAUGCUUCUGACUCGAUGUGUUGGAUUCAACCAGAGGCUGCAUUGUUUUACUCUGUCAUUAUUCCAAUUUGUCUCCUACUGUCAUUCAAUUUUGUGUCAUUUGUUGUAAUUAUUGUUUCCAUUCAUCGAACAAUGAAAAUCUCUUCAACUACUUCAAAUGGACAACGUUUUGGCAGACUUCGAAAGGAGGCUUGGGUGUUUGCCGGAGUAUUCUCACUCUUAAGUUUGCAAUGGAUGUUUGGUGUGCUAGCAGCAUGGGAGGAGAUCGAGUGGAUGUGGUACCCACUCAUUGCUGCUACUCCUCUGCAAGGUAUCAUAUUGGUCUGCAUUUAUGUUCUAAAUCGAAAGACAAGAGAUCAGUAUCGAUACUUAUUUGGUCUCAUACGAUCUGCUUCUUGCUGUCAAGUCAAAACAGUAGAGACAACAUCUAUGAGACAAAUCAAUGUGGAACAGAGAACAAGAAUAGACAGUUAGACAACAUGAGUAAAGCAAUGGAGUGUAUGUACUGUAGACCUAAUAUAUUCUGCGUAGUCUUUAGCUGGAUGUUAACGUAUCAACUCUAUUUCUGAGUCUUAUGUCUUUGAGAUGAAUAUGAACAGAAAACAUACCAUAAUAUUAUAUGAUUUUAGUCAUAUUUUAAUCAGCUGUACUUCUUUCCUGAAGUUUCUUUCUGUUUAUCUUUCUGGUGUAAGCACUAUAAACAUUCAAAUAUUG